AUGUGCCAGGAUGGUUUUGCAGGAGAAGACUGUACAUGCUCUGAAUCUGAAUCGGAAUGUAGUUUCGAUGGAGCUGUUCUUUGUAAUGAACAGGGAGAAUGUAAAUGUAAUAAAUGUAACUGCAAUCAGGGAUACACCGGCAAGUACUGUGAAAAAAAUACACAAAAACAAAAAAAUAUCAUUUGUGAAGCUUAUAAUAAAGACGUUCAAAAUUUCCUAACACGAAAUGAGUCAUCAUCGGAUAAUGCAAACUUAGACAUAAUCGAUGAAUCCAGUAAAAAUGAAUUAAGUUGUGCUGAAAAUUUGGACAUCUGUCAUAUUGACGCAAGUAAAGACAACGGUUACUGUAUUAUAGAAUAUUGUUACUACAAGUCAGAAGAUACAGGAAGACCAGUUAUACUAGCCAGAAAGAUUUGUAGAAUGGCGGCAAGUGUUAAAAUGAUGAUGCUUUUCGGGGGAAUUGUAGGUUUAAUACUUGCGAUAGGUCUCGUCGUUAUUUUUAUAAUUAAGAUUAAUAAUUACCGACAAGAACGUGCAGAAUAUAGAAGAUUUGAAGCCGAAGCUAAAAAUACGGCUGAAUUAAAUCCGCUUUACAGAAGCCCUGUGGUACAAUACACUAAUCCAUUAAGAACAAAAAAUGAAUAA